AAACAUACAUUUUUCAACAAAAACACCCCGGAAUCUGUUUCAUUAUAUGUUAAAGUAUGCAAAUACGGUGUUAUCUUGAAUUUGACGGAGACAGCCCAAAACCGCUAUUUUCUUGAGGCGCUCUUGACGAUCUCCCUUUAAAAACUUGACGGGAAUAUCAUCGCUGAUGGAAAUGCAACACUUGAACUGGAAGAUAAAUACAAACGAACAAUGGAUGAAAUUGAGGCGCUGAAAGAUCAUCUUGCACUGAGGAGUGAGCUCACUCGACGUGCACAGUCAGCUAGUGCCCAGGUUUAUGAACGCAUGACUCAAUCAGAGAAAAUGCUGCAGGAGCAGAUUGAUGACCAAAAAGCAAUCAGUGCAGAUAUGACAAGACAGUACAAGACCAUGCAAACAGAGAUGGGACUCCGCAUCCACCAGCUGGAGACAGAACUAGGCAAAACUCAAGCUCAUUUGGAGCAUGCGAAAUUUGAGCUACAACAAGCCAGAGAAGAGAAAGAUCGAUCAGUGAAGGAUAGGGAUGAAGAAAUUUCAGAACUAAAGAUGAAAGUCAGUUCCAUGGAAAAAGCAUAUGAAGCUAUUCUUAGGGAGGCUCUUGAUGGAUUGAUGGCCAAGAUUGACCUUGCACAUGACAACUGGGAAGUAAAGUCCACGAAUAUUCAAGGAAAGACGAAGCAGGCCGUGUUGGAAUUUGGUCUUAAUCCACUGGACAUAUAAAGUGCAAGAGACUUGUAUUCUCAAAAACUUCCCUCUUGGCCCCAAAUGUGAUGUAAAAGUGAUAUCUUUUUGACUGAUGGAUGUACUAACUAACAUUUGCUGUAAGAAUAAACUAUCCAGCAUCUCUAAAUAAGAUAUGGAAGAUGAAAUAACUCUUUUUAAUUGAAACAGUUAUAGAAAGCGCAGCUGUCUGUAUAAAUUGUCUGAUGGACCAAUUAGUAGUAUUCUUUACAAUGCAAACAGUCAAAAGCGUUAAAUCUUUUCAGCAUAGCAAUAUUUUUUGUAAUUUUAAAAUGUUCCAUAAAAUCACCUAUUUUUGAGACUAACAGUAUUCAGCUAGACUGAGUAAAAUAUACUUCUACCACUUCUUCA